AUGAGAUGGCAUAAAGAGCAUAGCCUCAAUGAAGGUGGUACUAUGAGGCAUCCGGCCGAUGCACAAGUUUGGACUACUUUCGAUAGUGAUCAUAGUUGGUUUGCUACAGAUGCUCGCAAUAUCAGGCUUGGUUUAGCGAGUGAUGGUUUCAAUCCUUUCAACAACCUUGCAAAACGAUAUAGUAUCUGGCCCGUUAUCCUCGUGUCGUAUAACUUGCCUCCGUGGUUCUGCAUGAAAGAGCAAUUCUUCAUCAUGUCUCUCAUUAUUCCUGGUCCAAAAUCACCUGGAAAUGAUAUUGAUAUAUACCUGCAGCCCUUGGUAGAUGAAUUGAAUGAGAUUUGGGAGAAUGGGGUCCAUACAUAUGAUGCGUACAAGAAUGAAACUUUCAGAUUGCAUGCGGCAUUAUUGUGGACAAUAAACGACUUCCCCGCAUAUGGGAACCUGUCGAGUUGGUUAACUAAAGGGAAAUUGGCCUGUCCUUCAUGCAAUUCAAAUACAAAUUCUGUAUGGUUGACCUUUGGUCGUAAGCAUUGUUACAUGGGACAUCAUCGCUUCCUUUUCGCAAACCACUUAUGGCAGAAGAAAAAAUCUUGUUUCAAUGGAAAGGAUGACCACCGCAUGCCACCUAACCGUUUAUCUGGGCCGGAUAUUGUCCGUCAACUCAGUCUUCUUAGGGACGUGGAAUUUGGAAAAGGUCGGAAGAAAAGAAAGCGGACUGCUAAAGAGUUGAACUGGACCAAGAGAAUGAUGAAAAGUCAUAACUGUCAUAUUUUCUUGCAGAGACUACUCCCUAUUGCGGUGGCAGGGUGUUUGCGAAAUGAUGUUGCACAAACUCUAAGUGUGGACAGUUUGGCAAAGCUGGAAAGUGAUAUCGUCCUGAUUCUAUGCAAGUUGGAGAUUAUAUUUCCACCGUCAUUCUUCAAUGUGAUGGUCCACCUAGCUCUCCAUCUGCCCCUUGAGGCGUUGCUUGCUGGACUAGUUCAAUAUAGGUGGAUGUACCCAUUUAAAUGGUUCCUUGAAAGAUUCAAGCGUUAUGUUAAGAAUAAGACUCGCCCAGAGGGAUCAAUAGCGGAAGCAUACAUUCAUGUUGAAUGCCUGACAUUUUGCUCGAUGUAUCUCGACGAUAUUGAGACGUGA